AUUAGUUACUUUGUUAAAUUAAAAAACCGGACUGAAGGUCACAUCUGUGUAGACUGGAGCUCCAGUAUGUGCGAACGCCCCUCAGACGCCUGACAAUUGGUGUUCCGUUUUCCAAGCACGUCAUCAAGUACAGUCCUCCUUUACCAGGGUGCCGAAGGAGAGUGGUGGCUAUCAUCCUGUGUGGCAUCACCCGCUGGAGAAGAUGAUGGUAGUAGGGAAGACCAGCGCCAUAGCGGCUGGGGUGUGCGGAGCCCUAUUUCUAGGUUACUGCAUUUAUUUUGACAGAAAAAGGAGAAGUGACCCCAAUUUUAAGAACCGACUUCGGGAAAAGAGAAGAAAACAGAAACUUGCUAAAGAGAAAGCUGGUCAGUCAAGGCUGCCGGAUCUUAAAGAUGCUGAGGCUGUUCAGAGGUUUUUCCUUGAAGAAAUUCAGCUUGGCGAGGAGUUACUUGCACAAGGUGAUUUUGAAAAAGGAGUUGAUCACUUAACAAAUGCCAUUGCUGUAUGUGGACAACCUCAACAGUUGCUUCAGGUUUUGCAGCAGACUCUACCACCACAAGUGUUUCAAAUGCUUUUGACCAAAUUACCUACAAUUAGCCAGAGAAUUGGAAGUGCUCAGAAUCUGACUGAAGAUGACGUGGAGUAAAAUUUCUUCAUGUUAGUUAAAACAGAAUUUUAUUUGUAUUGCAUAAAUAAAAUGUUAUGACUAGAAACAAA